AUGUCUAUCGACUUCCCCGCCGAGGAGGAGCUGGUUAUCCAGCGGUGGAGAGAGAUUGAUGCCUUCAAAACCCAGGUCGCUCUGUCACAAGCCGCCGAUCGACCCGUUUGGUCCUUUAGUGACGGUCCACCGUUCGCAACUGGUCUUCCCCAUUAUGGCCACCUACUAGCGUCGACGAUUAAAGAUGUGAUCCCCCGUUACUGGUCCAUGAAAGGAUACCACGUCGAGCGACGAUUCGGCUGGGACACCCACGGAGUGCCCAUUGAGUACGAGAUCGACAAGAAGCUUGGCAUGUCCGGUCUGCAAGCGGUCGAAAAGAUUGGGAUUGAGCAAUAUAACGCGGAAUGCAAGUCUAUCGUCAUGAAGUUCGCCACUGACUGGCGAAAAACCAUUGAGCGUUUAGGCCGUUGGGUUGACUUCGACAAUGACUACAAAACGAUGCACCCUACGUUCAUGGAAUCGGUUUGGUGGGUCUUCAAGGAGCUGUUUGACAAGGGAAUGGUGUACCGUGGCUACCGUGUUAUGCCCUACUCGACUGCCCUUGCCACGCCGCUCAGUAACUUCGAAGCGCAGCAGAACUACAAGGAUGUCCAAGACCCCGCAAUUGUCGUCACUUUCCCUAUCGUGGGUCAGACUGAUACAUGUUUCAUUAUCUGGACCACUACCCCGUGGACCCUCCCGAUGAACACGGGCGUCUGUGUUCACCCGGACUUCGAGUACAUCAAAAUCUACGACGAGGCAACCUCUAAGCACUACAUCUUGCUUGAGUCCUUGCUUCGGACCAUCUACAAAGACCCGAAGAAGGCCAAAUUCAAGAUUGUUGAACGUAUCAAGGGCUCUGGCAUGCUUGGAUGGAAAUACGAGCCCCUCUUUGACUACUUCUACGAAGAGUUCAAGGAUUACGGCUUCCGUAUUCUGAACGACAACUACGUCACUGCCGAGGAUGGUGUUGGUCUUGUUCACCAGGCCCCUGCCUUCGGUGAGGACGAUUACCGCGUCGGCGUUGAGCACGGUGUGAUCGAUGAAAAUCGUCCUCCUCCCAACCCCGUCUCGGCUGAUGGAACUUAUACUUCCGAAAUUCGAGACUUUGCCGGUCAACAUGUCAAGGCUGCUGACAAGGCUAUCAUCAAACACCUGAAGGCCAACGGUCGUCUCCUCGUUGACAGCCAGAUAACUCACAGUUACCCAUUCUGCUGGCGCUCUGACACCCCCUGA